AUGCAACUUCGUUAAAGCAAGAGUAGGAAAAGCAUAGACGAUUAAGAUAUAGGAUAAAAGAAGCAACAAAGUACUCGAAAAUCUGUUGGACAAACCAAGCAGAAACGAAGUGUUUCCAAGGAUAAAGAAAAUAAUAAAAAAUCGACUUAAUUGAAUAACAAAGUGAAAAAUAUAAGUGAAACAUUCAAAUUAAAGGACAUAUUGAAACUUAAAGAAUUUUAUAAAGGCAAUGAAGAAUAUGAAGAAAAUACUGCUACUCGAUCAACUCCUUAAAAAACAGAGUGUUAAACAAGCAAUUCUCGAUUCAGCAAUUGCAAUUGCAAAUAAGAAAUAAUCGAAGACAAUCAAAACUUAAAAUAAGAAAUAUUAGAGCAUCUUGAGAAAAUAUAAUUUAUAGUUCAAAAAAACGAAAGAUUUAUGACUCACAGAUCUUAAUAAGAAAUAAAGGCCGAGAGUUUUUUAAGUUAGGAUAAAUCCUCAAGGAAAUGCAUUAAUAAGGUUCAAGAAUAAUAAGACUAAUAAGAAGAUGUUUUAAACAAUAGCAACAUUUAUAAUUUAAAUUAUAUCAUACAACAACAACAACUUUAAAUAUCGAAUUUAAAAACUAAAUUAUUUUGUUAGGAAUAGAAAUUCUUAGAAAAACAGUCAUAGUAUGAGCAAGAAGUGUUACAAUUAAAAAAUCAAAUACUAUAAUUAACAAGUGGGAUGGAAAUGCUGAAAGAACAAAUUCAUUAACAGCAAUUCUAAAGGCAAGUAAAUGUUCAGACCAAAAAGUGA